AUGGAAAUUGCCUUAGUUGGAAUUGACUGUAAAGACAUUGAGGAUAUUGCUGUAUGUAAUGGAAGUUGCCAGUGCGAAUAUAACGGAGCGCUUUACAAUGAUGGUGAUACUAUUGAUACAGGCGAAGCAUGUACAGAAUGUAUAUGUGCAAAUAGUAGUGCUGACUGUAAAACAACACCAGUCGACGGUGGUAUUGGCGAAUGGACUUCAUGGAAUGUAGGCGCAUGCCAGAAUAAUCACAACUGCGAGAAAUAUAAAAAGACAAGGACAAGAGAAUGUAACAACCCACGACCAGAGUGUAAUGGUAAAAACUGUACUGAUGUCACAUUCGAGACGGAACCCUGUAGUAACGUGUCAUGCUGUGAUGAACCAAGCUAUACCGAAUGGAGUGAGUGUCCUCGCCCAUGUCACAAUGAAAGUGCCAACGAAACACCUUUCCAGGUAACCAGAGUGAAAUACUUCAUCGAAGGUGCUGCAUGCGGAAAUAAUGCGACAGAAACCAAAGACUGUACAGAACCAUGUGAUUGUGUAACUAGAUUCAUAUGGAGUGACUGGGGUACAUGUCAUGGACAGUGUGGACUAGUAAACGUCACUAGAUCCAGAGGAACAUGGAGUGAUCCUAGCUGUGAGCAACUUCCGGCUGAAGAGACCAAACCAUGCUUCAGCCGUGAAUGCAACUGUACGGAACCAGACACUGUUUACACCAACACAACUGAAUGUGAAAGAACAUGUGCUGAACAAAUUCCAUCAGCAACCUGUGGCCAAUACUUGAAUUCUGGCUGCAUUUGUGUUGGAGACUUGGUACGCAAGGAUGGCGUGUGCGUGACUUCAGAUGAAUGCAAAAAGUGCAAGAUCAACGGCACUACAUACGAGAAUGGUGAAGAAAUUCCAAGUGACAGCAUAUGUGAAAAAUGUACUUGUGAACAAGGUUUUGCAUCAUGCCAGAAAAAUUGUGAUGAUGUCACGGCAUGUGGAGUUGGAGAGGAAUCCUAUAACGACGGCUGCUGUUGGAAGUGUCGACCGGUUAGCGCCACGUGUGAAAAGAUGCAGAAAAAUGCCACAAUAAAGAUUAGUAACUGCAUAGAGGAAUACGCAACAACCGUAGAUUACUGCGGAGGUGGGUGCGGAUAUGCUGAGACUGUCAUGGAUCCGCUUUCUGGUCAAGUAACCUCCUCCUGCAAAUGUUGUUCCCCGACGAAGCACGAAACAAAGGAAGUUAUCGUCACUUGUGAUAACAAUGAAACAAAGAAAAUUUAUAUGAUGCAGAUCCAGGCUUGUCAAUGUAACAUUUGUGCUCCAGAAAUGGUAGUCCCAUGAAAUGUUACGAACUGGAUUCUCCUUGGUGGAUCAAGAUUUUGAACUGCAAUACUAAUGAAUUUUAUGCAAGAACUGUAUAACUUGACACUAUUUGAAAUUAGCAUUGUUAGUCUGUCCCCUGU